UGUUAGGAUUCACGUACAGGUGCACGGACGCUCGAAUCGUCGACCAAAUUGAAAAUCGAGAACUCAAUGAUCCAUCCUCCUUGCAAAAUUGCAUGAUUCUCUCAGAGCUACCGUAUACGUUAGGCCGUCAUGAGUCAACAACCGAGCACAUCAUCUUUAUCAUCCACUCCCAGACCCAAUCCUGGGGAUGUGAAGGAAUUUGAUUUCAGAUUCCCUCAGAACCAGAGGAAGAAAUACAGUGUGAUGCAAUUCAACAGAAAUGACAAUGUUAACCUCUCUAAAUGGAAGCAGGCAAAGAUGGAGAGAGAAAACAACAAGAUUCACUACAAGACGGAGCUGGACGACCUUCCUAAGUUUGGGGAGGGGAGUGAAUUUGGCCGAGAGAGGAGAGAGGUAGCAAGGCAGAAGAAGUACGGGGUCAUCGCCCAGAAGUACAAAGAAGAAGACCAGCCUUGGAUUCUUAAACAGGGAGGCGCUGAUGGCAAGACAGCUAAAAAGUAUCGUGGAAGGAAGGAGGGAAAGAUAAAUGAGAACUCAAGCUACUUCAUCCUCUCUCAGCUAGCCGACGGGACGUUUGAGGCGUACCCGGUAGACUCCUGGUAUAACUUCAUAGCAAUGCAGACCUAUAAGACUUUGAAUGCAGAAGAAGCGGAGGAGGAGUUCGGCAGGAGAGACAAGACAAUGAAUUAUUUCUCAGUCAUGGUGCAGAAGAAACUCAAGAAACAAGAUGAAGAAGAUGUUGAGGAAAAGACAUCAAAAUCAAAAGGCUCAGAUCUAACCAUAACGGAGGAUGAUUACUUCUUAUCAUCAGGGGAGGAGAUAGAGGAUAGUGAUGAUGAGGAUGGAGGGGGGAAAUCCAAGUCUAAGAAGAAAGGCAAAGGCAAGGGGAAGAAGAUGGCUAAGAAGAGGCCUAAGAAGAAAGAUGCAGAUAGUGAAGCAGAGGAAGAGAGUGAUGAAGGAGACUUCGACGGCAGGGAGUUUGACUACAUCUCAGAACAGUCCAGUGAUGAUGAUGAGAUGGAGUUAGCAAAGACAGACAUCAAGGGUUUGGAUCAAGAACUCCAACAAUUAGAAGAUGAAGAGGACGAAGAAGAGGAAGAAAAAAAAGAUGAGAACAAAGAAACCAGUAAAGAAGGGGACAAACCAAAAGACUCCAAAGAAAGCAAGGAGAAGAAAAGUGAUGAGAGUAGUUCAGAAAGCUCAGGAUCAGACAGUGAUAUCGAUGAGAAGAACAUUCACUCUGCUAUGCUCCUUCAGAAGAAGCAUGGUCAAAGAUCCAAGGAGAAGACGCCUUCCAAGUCUGGAAGUGGAAGCCACAGUAGAUCACAGACUCCCACCGUACCAGACAACAUCGCUGUUACAGACUCUACCUUAUCAGAUGCAGCUACAAAGCUUGAAAACAAAGAUGUGCCGAGCAAGAAGAGGGCAAACCCCACCGAUUCACCUGUUACCAAGAGACCAAGGACAGAGAGCCCUAUCCCUGGAUCAUCAUCAAACAAGACACCAUCAGGUCAUGUCCCCUUGACCGAGGAGGAGGUGAAGCGAUACCUCAUGAGGAGACCCAUGACCACCAAAGACCUACUGGUCAAGCUCAAUCCUAAGAGGACUGGACUUCCUAAGGAACAGAUUGAGACCAAGCUGGCUGAGAUCUUGGACAAGCUCGCGCCGGAGAAGAGGAAAAAGGAGAAAAAGAUCUACUGGUUUAUUAGAGAACAUUCCAAAUAGUGAACAGUUCUAGUGUGGUGUGUCGAUGGACAUUGAUCGGAGGACAGUUGGACUUGGUGUUUUUAAGUAUGGCAGCUCCUGUGAAGGUGCACAAGUCCAGCUUAAAGAAGCAAUCAUUGUUACUGAUGUUAACCCAUUACUUACAGGAUGAGGGCUGUUUCUGCAUGUUAAGCAUAUGGAGUCAAGAGAACCCAGUAGUUAAUGGGUUCAUGCAUCAGCUGUUGACUGGAGACAGUGGGACUUGGUGUUCAGAAGUAUCGCAGCUUCUGUGAAGGUGCACAAGCCCAGCUUUAAAUCCUGUCUGCACUAGUUUGGCCAGGAGGGAUUAGACCCCCCCCCCCCCUGUGUGGUCACUGGCAGGUGG